AAAUAAAGUUUUUUUUUUUUGAAAAAACAAACAGUACGAGUUGAUCCCGAAUAAACAGACGACCGUUUUUAUAAUGCUACCGUAGCAACAUCCCAACUAUAACAUCUUGUAAAACCAGUAGCUGUUAACCCGCUUUCUGGUUGGAAAAAAAGCUGAACUCAAGGCGGCGGUUCUUUUGGUUUGACUCUUGAAAGUUGAGGACGAGUUUGGCCUGCUGAGAUGUCUUCUGCAGAGACUACGACGUCCGCACUCCCGAGUCGUCCGGAUGAAGCAGCAGGCGGAAGCCAACAGCUGGAGGGAGCCCCCAAGACUGCCAAGCCUGGUCACCAGUGUCCGCAGUGUGGGAAGAUUUUCAGCCAAUCAGGAGGCUUGAAAGUGCACCUGCUCAUCCACACCGGGGAGAAGCCUUUCCCCUGUGCCCAGUGUGGGAAGCGGUUCAGGAGGAAGUGUCACCUGGUAUGCCACCAGCGCAUCCACACAGGUGAACGGCCGUUCACCUGCCGGGACUGUCAGAAGAGCUUCAAGGAGGUGGGGCACCUGAGGCAGCACCAGAGCAUCCACUCGUCGUUGGAGCCGUUCGUCUGCCGGGUGUGCAGGAAGAAUUUCAGGCUGCCGGCGCUUCUGAGGCAACACGAGAGGAUUCACCAGAGAGAAGUGCUUUACAUCAAGACCAGAAAAGAGAGGAAGCGGCUGCUGUACUCUUAGCCUUUGGAGGAACGUCAGGAACGACUCUCAGUCUGAGCAGAACAGCUCAGCUCUCAAUAAACACCUUCAAGGAAA